CGUAAACCUCUAUAAGACCAGUAAUUCCUCGGAAGCCACGGCUGAGGCGACUCCAAGAAAGCUUCCCUCCGCGGUCGUCUCCGCUCGCCUCCCACGUACCUCACGGCGCCAAGCAACCAGGAAAGAAGAAGAAGAAGAAGUGCCGUUUCUAGGACGAUUCCUGGGGCAGCCACUUCUAUCUGCAGGAUUGCAGACAGCGUAAUACUUCUUCCUGGUUGCAGUUACCUACACGGACAAAUCAAAUUCAGGUUCAUCAUGAGCUCUCCAAGUGAACAACGCAGAAGCAAAACCCGUCGCAUGAAGCCAUUGGGGAUUCACCUCUAUGAGUGUGUCAGGGGGAGUCCUAUCUCCUUCAGAUCAUGCCAGGCUCUUGUAUUGAUACUGACGUUCUUAUCCUAUGCUAGCUAUCAUGCCACUAGGAAGACUACAAGCAUUGUCAAGAGUGUUCUUGAUCCUAAGACAGAAAACCUAGGCAUGUUGCAUUGGCCGAGUCAUCUGUAUCUUAAAAAUUUAAGAGAUGCACAGAACAACAAGACCGCUCUCUAUAGCGGCUGGGCUCCGUUUAAUGCCGAUGAUGGUACUGCGUUGCUCGGCGAAAUCGAUUUGGCAUUUCUUGGAGUAUAUGCGAUUGGCAUGUUCUUUGCUGGCCAUUUGGGUGAUCGGGUCGAUCUAAGGAUACUUCUGACCAUCGGAAUGAUAGGCACUGGAUUUUUCACUGCUGCAUUUGGAGCUGGCAACUGGCUCAACAUACACAACUUCUACUACUUUCUGGGCGUUCAGAUGAUGGCUGGUCUGUUUCAGUCAUCCGGUUGGCCAUCUGUGGUUGCAGUAGUUGGUAAUUGGUUUGGGAAGAGCAAAAGAGGGCUAAUAAUGGGAAUCUGGAAUGCUCAUACAUCUGUGGGAAACAUAUCUGGCUCCUUGAUUGCAGCUGCCAUGUUGAAGUUUGGAUGGUCCUGGUCCUUUGCUUUGCCUGGUAUGAUGAUUGCAGUCGUUGGGCUUGCAGUGUUUCUGUUCCUGCCUGUUGGUCCAGAGGUAAUUGGAAUCGAGGAGGAUCUCCAUGACAAGGAUGCUGAGAAGGAUGACCUGGGUGCACCUCUGUUGGAAGAACGAUCCCGUUCAAAAGAAAAAGCAGUUGGGUUCAUUCAGGCAUGGCGAAUUCCUGGUGUUGCUCCGUUUGCUCUCUGCCUUUUCUUCUGCAAGCUUGUGGCUUAUACAUUCCUGUACUGGCUUCCCUUUUAUAUCAGCCACACAGCUAUCGGUGGAGAGUAUUUGUCAGACUCUGCAGCGGGUGUGCUGUCAACUAUGUUCGACGUGGGUGGCGUUGUCGGCGGCAUCCUUGCCGGCCACAUCUCCGACCGCCUCGACGCCCGGGCACUGACGGCGGCGAGCUUCACGAUCUCAGCGAUCCCGGCGCUUUUCUUCUACCGCAUAUACGGGAGCUACUCGCUGUACUGGAACGUCGCCCUCAUGUUCAUCACCGGGAUGCUCGUGAACGGCCCUUACGCCCUCAUCACCACCGCCGUCUCCGCGGACCUCGGCACGCACAGCUCCCUGAGCGGCAAUUCCCGGGCGCUGGCCACCGUCACGGCGAUCAUCGACGGGACAGGGUCGAUCGGCGCCGCGGUCGGCCCGUUGCUGACGGGCUACAUCUCCGCCAAGAGCUGGAGCGGCGUGUUCACGAUGCUGAUGGCGUCGGCGCUCAUCGCGGGGCUGCUCUUGUCGAGGCUGGUCAUGGCGGAGAUCGCCGCGAAGAUGGAGUCGUCCCGGAGGCGGCGGCCUGACGCAGCUGGCGAUCUGCCAGUGUCCUCCGUGGAGGAACCUUAGGCUCCAUUGGAGAUGGUUGAAGAUGUCUCUAGCGUGGAGAAAUGCAAAGAAAUUUUACAAGCGAGUAGCCCGAAAUGGAGACUGUGAGUGAGGUGUGGCGGCAAGAGCAAGCAAACCCCCUCAAGAUCUGUUCUUUUUUUACACCUGAGGAGCAGGUGCUCUCUUCCAGCCCCAGGAUUGCAGCAUCUUAAUUAGUCUAUGAAAUCUCUGGUGCUUAUGAUGUGUAUAUGGAGGUGCGUAUGAACUGAUGGUUGUCAACUCGAGUUGUCGACAAAAGGCGCCGGGAACUUUCUCGGAUUUCUAUAUGGAGUGAGUUAAACGGGCUCUUGAAGCUGUGAAACAAUGCAGAAGUUCGAGUGCUGAUGUAAUCUUGCUCAUCCUGUCAUUAACCGGUGAAACAACUGGACUACCGGCGAGGAGAUUGGAACUGUA